AUGCAAGGCGUGAAAAAGAUAUAUGCGUGUGAUUUAAACCUCGGUGAGGAAGUUGAGGAGUUGAAAAGUUUGUAUACACGAGAGGCACUGCAAAGAAAACUUUUGUACAAUGAGCUACAAGAGCUUCGCGGAAACAUCCGAGUCUUCCUCAGAUGUCGCUACGACAGCCGCAGUCAGUGCUGCCUCAAAUUUCUGGGCGAUAAUGAAGUUUUGGCGCCAAACAGCAAGAAGCCAUUCACGUUCGAUAAGGUUUUUUCUCCAAAGUCUUCUCAGGAAGAGGUGUACGAAGAUGCAAGAGCAGUAAUAAUGUCUUGUGUGGACGGAUACAACGUGUGCAUAUUAGCGUACGGUCAGACAGGCUCUGGGAAGACGUUCACCAUGCAGGGUCCAGCUAAUGACCCCGGUGUUAAUGUCAGAUCUCUUAAGGAGCUGUUGAACGUGUGCGAACAAAGGGAAAAUGUCACGUACAAUCUAAAAGCGUCCAUGAUAGAAAUCUACAACGAAACCGUCCACGACCUUCUCAGUGACACCGUGAACCCCCUGGAGGUCAGGGCGCAAGGAACCAAAAUUGUAAUGCCUGGCCUUAUAGAGAUGCAGGUAAAGUCUCUACAGGAUAUCGACCAAAUUAUGAAACUUGGAAGUAAGAAUAGAUCUGUUGCCGCCACCAAAAUGAACUCUCAGAGUUCCCGAUCCCACUUAAUUUUCAUGGUGACAGUGGAGGGGCAGGACAAAACAACGGGGGCGUGCUCUACUGGGACUCUGACCCUCUGUGACCUUGCCGGCUCGGAGAGGGUCAGCAAGACGGAGGCCACGGGGCAAAGGUUGGUCGAAGCCGCAGCUAUCAAUAAGUCCUUGUCCUCUCUCGGACAGGUCUUCACAGCCCUGAAAACAGGUCAGUUACACGUGCCUUACAGAAACAGCAAACUGACCCAUAUAUUGCAGCCGUCAUUAGGCGGAGAUGCAAAGGCUUGUUUGUUCGUCAUGGUAAGUCCCGAUAUAGAGAAUCUCUCCGAAACCGUAAGUACCAUGCAGUUUGGAUCGAAUGCACAGCAAGUACAGCUCGGUCAAGCUAAGAAGAAUAUCUCGAACAACCCUAGAGGGUCGUAA